CUCCCCCACCCCCCCUCCACAUCAUAUCUCCAAAUAGCAAGUAAUUGUGAGCAUAUGAAGACAGCAAGGGGGUGGGGGGGAAUCCACAUCGCGUAGCUUGAGUCUCUCUCUCUGUGUGUGAGGGAGGGAGACACGGAGGGGAAAACAACGGUCUGUUUUAGCUGCAGUGCUACAGCAGAGUCUGACUUCUUCCCUGCCCCAGGUUUUUGUGCCAGCACGCAAACUGCUUACAGGUUUGACAGGCUGUGAAAAAGACUUGCCUGUUGUUGUUGUUGUUGUUGCUGCUCCUCCUGCUGCUGCUGUGUGUAAAUUGAGCAUCCUCCGCCUUGCCUUUCGCUGGACCGGCUGCUCUUCAGCGGAUCUCUUGCUCUUGAGAAAGGUGUUUCGGAAGGGCCCCCUAAAGUGGUUCUCUUCAGUUCUUUCUGUUUUUAUGGUAGAAGCUUAUCUAUUCAUGGGGCUGAAAAGCGUGUGCAGAUCUACCAGAGAAGAAGCACAGCAAGCCAUCGCUUAUCACAGCGCCCGUCUGUGGUUAGGCAUUCUUCAGUCCCGCAAGUCAGAAGGUCAAUAAAAAUGGAGGCCUCAUCUUCUGGAUCUGUUGGGAAGCCAGUGACUCAUCAGCCAGAAGGAAGAGAGCAUUGUCAAGGUCGUCACCUGGAAACACAAAUAUCAAUAAGACUUGACGCUCAGAAGAGAGAUGUGGACUUUUCAGAAAUACUUAAUGCAAUACAAGAAAUAGCCAAGGAUGUCAAUAUUUUCUUUGAUGAAUUAGAAGGCAUAGCCAGCCCUUCCAAGGACGAUGAAUCUUUGCUUCACCAUGGUAAUUUGACCAGUACUUCAGAGGAUACUAGCAGAUUGGAGGCAGUGGGAGAGGGAAUACCAGAAAAAAAUAAAACCAGUGGACUGUAUUUUAGGGAUGGAAAAUGUCGGAUUGACUACCUCUUGGUGUACAGAAAAUCCAACCCACAGAAUGAGAAAAGAGAAGUUUUUGAAAGAAAUAUCAGAGCAGAAGGAAUUCAAAUGGAGAAAGAGUCAUCUUUAUCAAACAGUGAUAUCAUCUUUGUGAAGCUGCAUGCCCCUUGGGAAGUACUGGGAAAAUAUGCAGAACUUAUGAAUGUAAGAAUGCCUUUCAGGAGAAAAAUCUAUUACCUGCAUCGCCGGUACAAGUUCCUGAACAGAAUCGAGAAACAAUUAAGCAGGUUUCGAGGAUGGUUACCUAGAAAGCCAAUGAGGUUGGACAAGGAAAGGCUGCCAGACCUGGAGGAGAAUGACUGCUACACUGCCCCAUUCAGUCAGCAAAGGAUCCAUCACUUCAUCAUCCACAACAAAGACACGUUCUUCAACAACGCUACAAGAAGUAGAAUUGUUCAUCAUAUUUUACAGAGAGUGAAAUACGAAGAAGGAAAAAAUAAAAUUGGUCUGAAUCGAUUGCUUACUAAUGGCUCCUAUGAAGCUGCAUUUCCUCUUCAUGAGGGUGGUUACAGAAGUAAAAAAUCCAUAAGAACUCAUGGGGCAGAAAACCACAGGCAUCUACUUUAUGAGUGCUGGGCAUCGUGGGGAGCUUGGUAUAAAUAUCAGCCUUUGGAUCUUGUACGACGGUACUUUGGUGAGAAAAUUGGCUUGUACUUUGCCUGGUUAGGCUGGUAUACAGGAAUGCUCUUCCCAGCUGCCUUCAUUGGACUCUUUGUCUUUUUGUAUGGAGUAGCCACAUUGAACCACUGCCAAGUCAGUAAAGAAGUCUGCCAAGCUACAGAGAUUAUUAUGUGCCCUAUAUGUGAUAAAUACUGCCCCUUCAUGAGGUUGUCCGACAGCUGUGUUUAUGCCAAGGUAACACAUCUUUUUGACAAUGGGGCUACUGUGUUUUUUGCUGUUUUCAUGGCAGUGUGGGCAACCGUUUUCCUGGAGUUUUGGAAAAGAAGACGAGCGGUAAUUGCCUACGACUGGGACUUGAUAGACUGGGAAGAAGAGGAGGAAGAAAUACGGCCCCAGUUUGAAGCCAAGUACUCCAAGAAAGAACGAAUGAAUCCCAUAUCUGGAAAACCGGAGCCUUAUCAAGCAUUUGCAGAUAAAUGCAGCAGAAUUAUUGUUUCUGCAUCUGGAAUAUUUUUUAUGAUCUGUGUGGUGAUAGCUGCUGUUUUUGGCAUUGUUAUUUACCGUGUCGUGACUGUCAGCACUUUUGCUGCCUUUAAAUGGGCUUUAAUCAGGAAUAACUCUCAGGUUGCAACUACCGGGACUGCUGUAUGCAUCAACUUCUGCAUCAUCAUGCUACUGAAUGUUUUGUAUGAAAAGGUUGCUCUUUUUCUUACAAAUUUAGAGCAACCUCGGACUGAAUCUGAGUGGGAGAACAGCUUCACUUUGAAAAUGUUCCUUUUUCAGUUUGUCAAUCUGAACAGCUCUACUUUUUAUAUAGCAUUCUUUCUUGGAAGAUUUACAGGUCACCCUGGUGCCUACUUGAGGCUGAUAAACAGAUGGAGACUAGAAGAGUGCCACCCUAGUGGAUGCCUUAUAGAUCUCUGUAUGCAAAUGGGUAUUAUAAUGGUGCUAAAGCAGACCUGGAACAACUUCAUGGAACUAGGCUACCCGUUAAUUCAGAACUGGUGGACCAGAAGAAGAUUGCGACAGGAGCACGGUUCACUGCGAAAAGCAAACUUCCCACAGUGGGAGAAAGACUACAACCUUCAGUCCAUGAAUGCCUAUGGACUCUUUGAGGAAUAUCUAGAAAUGAUUCUUCAGUUUGGAUUCACAACCAUCUUUGUGGCAGCUUUCCCACUUGCUCCACUUCUGGCCUUACUUAACAAUAUUAUUGAAAUCCGGCUUGAUGCAUACAAAUUUGUUACACAGUGGAGGCGGCCAUUAGCUUCAAGAGCCAAAGAUAUAGGAAUCUGGUAUGGAAUUCUGGAAGGUAUAGGAAUUCUUUCAGUUAUCACAAAUGCAUUUGUUAUUGCUGUAACUUCGGAUUUUAUCCCUCGGCUUGUCUACGCUUACAAAUAUGGACCAUGUGCAGGUCAAGGGGAGGCUGGACAAAAGUGUAUGGUUGGCUACGUUAAUGCAAGUUUAUCAGUUUUUCUAGUGUACGAUUUUGAACAUCGUUCAGAACCAUCAUCAAAUGGAAGUGAGUUCUCCGGCACGCCGUUAAAAUAUUGCAGGUACAGAGACUAUCGUGACCCCCCUCAUGCUCCAGUGCCCUACGGCUAUACGCUACAGUUUUGGCAUGUCUUAGCUGCACGGUUGGCUUUUAUUAUUGUAUUUGAGCACCUGGUGUUUUGUAUAAAACACUUGAUUUCCUAUUUAAUCCCAGAUCUUCCUAAAGAUCUGAGGGAUCGUAUGAGAAGGGAAAAGUAUCUGAUCCAGGAAAUGAUGUAUGAAGCAGAACUGGAGCGUCUACAGAAGGAGCGGAAGGAAAGGAAGAAAAAUGGGAAAUCUUAUCACAACGAGUGGCCGUAACUAAGCUGGGUAGGAUACUUAUAUUCCAUUUGCUUACUACAGUUCCACGAGAACACUACCUUCAAGAGAAUGAACAAAAGAUGCAACCUCAAUGCAUGCCACAAUCUGACAUAGCAAACAGGACAGAACAUGUCAAGGAGUUUUACUGUGAAAUCAUCUUGCAGUCUGCAUAUGAUUGCUAUUCAUAUGCCAUUCUAAACAAGCAUGCAACUCAUUUUUAAAAUCAAGAAACUUAUAUACCGUGGACUAUUUUUCAGCCUGUUUGCUACUCUUUUGCAUUAUGUUCCUUGUCACUUUUUCAACAUAAAAAAUCUGGGUACUUUAGCAAUGGGUAUUAUAACAUCUCCUAUUAAAGUACCAUGUAUAUCAGACACACUGAUUACAUAUUUGGUAGCUCUUUGUUUUCAUUUUUUUGAGGGAAGAUAUUAUAUAUCAUACAUAUGUAUAAUAUAUAUAAAGUAUAUAGAGAUUGUUUAUUGUAUAUAGCAAAACAAAAAACAAAAAAGCCCUAUGGUUAAGAAUGUCAAAUUUUCACACUUAAAAUAUACCAUCAACAUAAAGCCAUGUUUAAUGCUUCAAUAAUGUGAUAAGCUUUAAAAAUAAAUUAUGGAUAAAAUUC